AUGGAAGUCGCACUGGUGAAUCUUCGAAAAGAAAACGCAGAAUUGAAGAACGGAAUUCCUCCUCCAGCAAUAGCGCCAGUGCCUGACCAAGUUUUAGAAAAUGAUGACAACGAUCUUGAUCUAAAUGAGCUUCCUUACGGUCAUGCCACCAGUGAAUGUAUUCACCUCUACCAACUACAACAAGGGACACCAUUUUGUUGGUUCAUGGAUCGUCAUUGGAUAAAUAUUCCAAAUAAACUUUCAGCAGAAUAUGCUGCUGGAAUGAAUGAAUUCAUUAGUGUUGCAAGACACUCCAUGGCCUCUAAUGGGAUGGUUCUAUGCCCUUGUUGUCGAUGCGUGAAUAAGAAAUCACAAUACAUGCAUGUGAUAAAGGUGCACUUGAUCACUCAUGGAUUUCUUAGUACUUACACAAGGUGGUAUCACCAUGGUGAGCAAGCAGAGGAAGUAGAAGAUGAAGGAUUAUUCGAUACCGAGGAUAAUGUUGAAGAUUCAGAUCAACGUGAUGAUUUGGCGGCAGGUCUUCAUGAUGCUAUUGGUAGUAAGUAUUUUGACAUUGGUCCAACUAGUGACUUCAAUGAUGAAUCUCCACUUAAUGUGGAUGACAAGUAUGAUGCAUUGUUUGAGUCACUUCAUAAGCCUUUGUACAAUAAUUGUAAAGGUUUCUCUGUCUUAAGCGUGAUGGUGAAGUUGAUGAAUCUCAAAGUUCUUAACAAAUGGACAGAUAAAUCAUUCGACGGUCUUUUGGAGUGUUUGAGAGAGAUAUUGCCCGAGGGUAAUCAGUGCCCAGGGAAUUAUUACCAGACGAGGAAGCUUCUUUGUGAGGUGGGCUUAGGCUAUGAGCAAAUUGAUGUUUGUCAAUACGAUUGUGCAUUGUUUUAUGGUGAGAAUGCAAAUGCAGUGUCAUGUCCUGUACGGAAAAAUGAAGCUGGGAUUUUACGUCAUCCUGCUGAUGGGGAUGCUUGGAAGCAUUUCAACAAUGUUUAUCUUGAUUUUGCAGCUGAUUCCAGGAGUGUACGAAUGGGGUUGGCGUCAGAUGGGUUUAACCCUUUGUCUAAUAUGACAUCAACCUAUAGUCCUAAAUCUCCUGGAAAAGAUUAUGAUGUGUUCUUGAAGCCAUUAAUUGAAGAUCUUAAAGAGUUAUGGGAUGGAGUCAAUGCAUAUGAUUUGGUCAAUAUGGUCAAUGCAUAUACAAGAUCUAGAACAAUUACUGACAAACAAUGUUUCAUGGGACAUCGAUGUUAUUUGAAAAGAAACCAUUCUUGGAGAAAAAGUAAAGAACAUGAUGGAUCUACUGAAUUACGUUGCCCUCCUAGAACUUUUACUGGUGAUGACAUUUUAAAGCAAUUGGAAGAAAUUCCUAUUCAUACCCCUGGUAAAGCACCAAGUAAUUCUUCUAGAAAACGUAAGCGUGGAGAGAAAGAGCUGAAUUGGUGUAAAAGAAGUGUUUUGUUUGAAUUGUCAUACUGGUCAAAGCUCUUGCUGCGUCACAAUCUUGAUGUGAUGCAUAUAGAGAAAAAUGUAUGUGAUAACAUUAUUGGAACACUUUUAGACAUUGAAGGUAAAUCGAAAGACAAUUUAAAAGCUCGUAAGGAUUUGCAAAAUCUUAAUAUUCGUGAAGAGCUUUGGCUGAAGAAGGACCCUUCUAAUAACAAGCUUGAAAAACCUUAUGCUAGUUACACUUUGACGAGAGAAGAAUGCAAAGAUUUUUGUAAAUUCAUUCAAAGUGUUAGAUUACCAGAUGGAUAUGCUUCGAAUAUUAGUCGAUGUGCAACAGAUAAUGACAAACUAAGAGGAAUGAAAACUCAUGAUUGGCAUGUUUUACUUCAUAAGAUAUUACCAGCUGCAUUACUUCCUUUUCUGACAGACAACAUUCGUGGUGGUCCAGUUGCUUCGAGAUGGAUGUUUGGGACAGAACGCCAUAUGGGUUUGUACAAGAAAUAUGUGAGAAACAUGUCUCGGCCUGAUGGUUCAAUAGCGGAAGCUUUUGUUGUAGAUGAUGCUGUAACUUUCUUGUCAAGAUAUGUUUCUAACAUAGAGACAAGAUUCACAAGACCCGAGCGUAAUUGGGAUAUACCUUCUCCAAAUCAUAAGUUAGAUGUUUUCAACUCCAAUGUUCGUCCAUUUGGGGCAUCUACUAUCAAAUUGCUUCAAAAUUGGAGAAAAGUCGUUCAAUGGUAUAUAUUGAACAAAUCUGUAGAUGAUAUCCAAGAUUUUAUCGAUUGUUGGAAGAAAAAGGUCUUUCAGAUUCAGAAGUUGCCUUAUAGCACAAAGAACAAUUUCCUUCUUGGUUUAAGAAUAAAGUGUCUCAAAUGUGAGUUCAAAAAUCACCUCUUGCCAAUGAUGAUUUGUACUAUUUAUCUCAAGGUCCACUUGAACGGCACAACACCUACCAAAGUUUUGUCAUUCGUUUUAGAUCGGAAGGUGUUCUUAUUUCGUUGUAAGUGGUAUAACUCCAAUCCAAAAGGUAGAUCAAUUGUUGUGGAUCAUAAUUUGACUUCCAUCAAUACAUCUACUGAUUGGUAUUCUAAUGAACCAUUUAUCUUGGCAACUCAAGCACAACAAGUUUUCUAUUUGCUUGAUAUGAAGCGUGGUUCAAAUUGGCGGAUUGUUCAAAAAGUAAAUCAUCGAUCUAUUUAUGACAUUCCUGAAAUUAUGGAAGAGGCAGUAAAUAAUGAUGUGUUUCAAGAAGAAGAAUCAUUUCAAUUUCCACCUUUUCAACCAACUGAGUAUUUCAUUGAAAGUUCAUCUUUAGUUCGAUUAGAUGUUCCUUCUGUAACUCUUUCAGACCAACUUGUUGUUGAUUUAUUUUUAAACCAAAAUCAAAAUGUUGACAAGGAUAGUGACUUAGAUGAAGAUUUUGAUGAAGGAAAUAUAUUCUGUAAUAAUGAAACAUUUCUCUCAAGUGAUGACACUAAAAGUUCUACAGAAUCAUAA